AUGUUCUGUAUAACUCUAGUAGAAUCCAACGACUCUUGUUACUCGAGCUGCUCUGAAGAAUCGCACAGCUCGCUGUCUCGUGAACCGUCAGAUGCGCUCACAAAUGACUGUUGUUAUCAGUCGUCGCCGUCUUCAUCGUCACCAUCUGCUCUUUCAAAUGAGAGGCUUGUCGAAUUUGCGACCAAACUAGGUUAUACCGAAGCACAGCUGUUUAAAGUGUUAGAUAAACUUGGCGAAAAGGCGGGGCAGGACCAAGUGCUGAGCGAGUUGAUUAAAUUAGGUCGAACUUUCUCGGAGACUUUAUCGCAGUCAUCUACAGAAAAUAAAAAUAUCCAGUCUUCACUAGUACUUAGAAGUAUUGUGAUUGACGGAUCAAAUAUUGCUAUGACACAUGGUCGCAAAGAAGUUUUUUCUUGUGCUGGGAUCAAGGAAUGUGUACAGUUCUUUAAGAAACGUGGGCACACUGAUAUUUUGGUGUUCGUACCUCAGUUUAGAAGAGAAACUGCCCGGUCAGAUUGCCCGAUUACCGAUCAACACCUUUUAAAUGAACUGGACAAAGAAAAAGUUUUAGUAUGGACACCUUCUCGGCAUAUAGGCGGUAGGCGUAUCGUAUGCCACGAUGACCGAUAUAUUUUGAAAACUGCUGAAGAAAAAGAUGCCGUAAUUGUUAGUAACGAUGAAUACAGAGAUUUGAUAAAGGAAAAUCCACAAUACCGAAAACUGGUGGAACAAAGAUUGUUGAUGUAUUCGUUUGUUGAUGGAAAGUUUAUGCCACCAGACGAUCCACUGGGUCGUAGGGGUCCGAAAUUGACUCAAUUUUUAUCGAAAACUCCUCAAACACCCUCGUCGCAACUGUGCCCUUAUGCCCGAAAAUGUACAUACGGAAAUAAAUGCAAAUAUUUUCAUCCAGAAAGACCAAACGGUGUUCAUAUUAGCGUUACAGAAAGGCUACUGAAAGGUAAACAGGGGAAACAAGUUAUCAAGCAGUCUGUUUCAGCAAAGCCGUCUAUGGCAGCAGAAAACGGUUACCAACGAAAAAAUCCUCACGAAUCUGUUUGCCGGACUAGAAGUCUUAACGUUCUCGUUUCUGAAGGGUUGCCGCAAAGUUUCAUGCAGAACUGUCAGAUCAGUAAUACAGGGAAAACGUGCGUGCCAAAUGAACAACUACAGUUGAAGGAAGUUCCGCACAUUAUGCAAAGUGGAUUACCAUAUCUGAUUCCUCAGCGGGAGUGGAAACAUGCUACUCUAAACAGAAAUUUAUCGGCCCCGGUCCAUCGAUCACCACCACCUGUUCGGGUGCCAUUUAUGCGUGAAAAAAGUAGUGAUUAUGCUGGACAACAAUGCAGCUCGUCAACUGAUUUCCAUCAGUUGGCAUUUCCGGUCACACAGCAAAUGAUUUCUCCUUCCUUUGAGUCGACAAAUGAUGCAUUUUUACCAGGAUAUUUGCAUCCAGUUUCAUGCCAUCGUAUGUCACAUCUUUUUGCUCCUUCGACAGCGGUUUGGGGAGAUCCUGAAUAUGGUGUUGGGCCGCUGACCAGACCAAACUUUGGGACAACCAUUAAUGCAGCAGAAAACGAACAACGUACUCGUAUCCAGAACAUACUGAAACAGCUGUUCUCUGGGGAUACUGUUUCAGCAGUUAUGAAAGCGCAUCCGGAAGAAACUGACCCACAAAAAUUAUGUGCUUUGAUACUGGACUAUCAGAAGUGUUUUAAACAAUAA